ACAACAGAUCUGAAUGUUGCUCUCAAUGAAUGCAUGGUAGCCGUGAAUUUCUUUCUGAAUAACAAAUUCCAAGAUGCCCUUGCUUCUCUGCAAACUAAAAAAAAGGAUAGCAUGUAUCAUGCUUUGACUUAUGCUACCAUUUUGGAAAUUCAGGCCAUGAUGACCUUUGACUCCAGGGACAUAUUGAAUGCUGGACAUACAAUGGAAGAAGCUCAAGUUAUAUGUCAGAAGUUUCGGAAAAAGUCUUCUGUAGCAGACUCUUUCAACAAUUUAGUGUACAAAGGCAAUCUUGCUCAAUUAACUGAAGAAGAAAUUCACGCAGAAAUUUGUUAUGCUGAAUGCUUGCUUCAGAGAGCAGCUCUUACAUUCCUCCAGGAUGAAAACAUAAUUAGCUUUGUGAAAGGCAGCAUCAAAAUAAGAAAUAGUUAUCAAAUAUACAGGGUACUGGAGAAUUUAAUACGGUCUCCCAAUUACGUCAAAGGAGAAAAUCACCCCCAUUUUGAAGUUGGUGUAAAGUUGGGAGUUGGAGCAUUUAAUCUGACUCUAUCUAUAUUGCCAACAAGGAUCGCACGAUUACUGGAAUUUGUUGGGUUUUCUGGAAAUAAGAAAUAUGGCUUGCAGCAACUUCAAGAAGGAGCAUCAAUGUGUGGCUUUAGAUCUGUGCUAUGUACUCUGCUACUGUUGUGCUAUUAUACCUUCCUGACCUUUGUGCUAGGGACAGGUAAAGGAAAUGUUGAAGAAGCAGAGAAACUUCUCAAACCUUACCUGACUCGAUAUCCAAAAGGUGCCAUAUUCCUGUUUUUUGCAGGGAGAAUAGAAACAAUAAGAGGCAAUAUUGAUGGAGCCAUCAGAAGGUUUGAGGAAUGUUGUGAAGCCCAGCAGCUUUGGAAGCAGUUCCAUCACAUGUGCUAUUGGGAACUGAUGUGGUGCUUCACAUACAAACGCCAGUGGAAGAUGGCAUAUUUCUAUGCAGAUCUGCUUAGCAAAGAGAACAUCUGGUCAAAGGCUACUUAUGUAUUUAUGAAAGCUGCCUACCUCAGCAUGUUUGGACCAAAAGAUUAUAAACCUUUUGGAGACGAUGAAGUUGAGCUAUUUAGGGCUGUGCCUAGUCUGAAAUUGAAAAUAGCAGGCAAAUCCUUGCCUACCGAAAAGUUUGCAAUUCGGAAAUCCCGGAGGUACCUUUCUCCAAAUCCUGUUCCACUUCCUGUGCCUGUUUUGGAAAUGAUGUACAUCUGGAAUGGUUAUGCAGUGAUUGGGAAGUGCCCAGAUUUAACUGAAAAAAUGUUGGAGUCCUUAGCAGAUGCAGAAACAAUCCUAGAAAAAAGCCCAGCUACAGAUAUUCUCAUUGAUGACCAUUGCGUGAUAAAGCUUCUGAAAGGGCUAUGCUUGAAAUAUCUUGGCAAGGUAUCGGAAGCAGAAGAUCACUUUACUUAUAUUCAUUUCAAUGAAAAGAAGAUCAAGUAUGAUCAUUACUUAAUUCCAAAUGCGCUGCUCGAACUUGCUUUAUUAUAUCUGGAUCAAGGUAAAAUAGAAGAAGCAAUUAAGAUCCUGGAAAGAGCAAAGCAAAAUUACAAGAAUUAUUCCAUGGAAACAAGGACACACUUCAGAAUUCAAGCUGCUUUGCAUCAAGCCAGAUCUUUCCCAGAUGAUGAUGAUCAUUCUAUAGCAACUGUGGUUUUGUAA